GACGGCUGGUGCCGAGUUUCCCGGAUGCGGGUAGUGGCUGGGGAAUGGGAAGAAGGAGGAACUUUGAGCCAGCAACGUGACAGGGCCGCGGCGAGUGAUGAACGGUUCCACCUUUACAUGCUGGUACGGCAUAUUUCAAAUCUCAUCGGACGACCAGUAAUGGCAAAACCCAGACCAGUGGUAAUUAGUGGACCUUCUGGAGCAGGCAAGAGUACUCUGCUGAAGCUGCUUUUUGAGGAAUACGAUCAAGUUUUUGGAUUCAGCGUCUCUCAUACAACAAGAAAUCCAAGGCCAGGUGAAGAGAAUGGUAAAGAUUACUAUUUUGUAUCGAGAGAGGAAAUGCUUCAUGGCAUCGAUUCAGGGGAAUUUAUAGAACAUGCUGAGUUCUCGGGAAAUAUGUAUGGUACAAGUAAAAAAGCAGUGCAGGAGGUACAAGCCAGAAACCAAAUCUGUAUUCUUGAUAUCGACAUGCAGGGUGUGAGAAAUAUCAAAAAAACAGACCUGUGCCCAAUUUACCUUUCCAUUCAACCACCUUCAUUUGAAAUUCUUGAACAACGACUGAGACAGAGGAAAACUGAAACUGAGGAAAAUUUGCAAAAGAGGUUGGCAGCAGCGAAAUUGGACAUGGAAUUCAGUAAAGAGCCUGGUAUAUUUGAUGAAGUACUAACUAAUGAUAUUUUAGAAGAUACCUAUUCUCGGUUGAGAUCGGUUCUUAUUGCGGAAAUCCAAAAGGUGAGAUCCUUGCACAACUGAACUGUUCCAAACUCCAUCCCGAUCAAAAAUGUUAACAGUAUGUUCCCACAAUGUAUACUAAGUGGGAAGAAUAAAAACUUCCAAUCAAAGUAUCUAUGUAUGUAUUUAAUAUCUUAGUGUGUGCUUUUAUUUUUGUUUGUCUGCUGUUGUUGAACUGGCAUUCCAUUUUUUGCCAGUGUCUAUUGUCCUCGGGAUGUUUUAUGAAUAACGGAAUACUUUUUUGAUAUAAACAAAACCAUGGCAUGUUGCUCAUUAUAAUAAGCAACUUUCUUUCUGUAAUGCUUUGCGGAAACCACUUGUGCAAUUUUUAUAGCUUGUGUUUUUAGAAGUGUAUAUACAACAAAGCAUUAUACUAUUGACAGAAUAGAGACUCUCAACACAAGUCGCUGGUACUGUUGAACCUGUAAUGUACGUAAUUGUGGACCAGUGAACAUACAGUAACUGUAUUGAUGUAGGAAGAGAAGAAUUAUUUUGUUGAAGAGAUAUGUCAGUUUUUAUUUUGAGUUCCCCCUAUCAAGCAAAAUUAGAUGUGUUUACAAUUGUCUUUGGGAUUAAAUAAAACUAAUGAGAAAAGA